AAAAAGUGGUGCGAUGAAAAAAUCGCCACCGGGGAUGUGUUGAACACACUCAAAACAGGCAGUGGUAAAGGACAGAGAGGAAAGGCGGUUAAAAGUUCUAUUCCCACAAAACAUGUUUUAAAAAGAAUUUUUUAAAACAUUCAGGAGGAGAUCACUGCCUACAUCUGGUGAUUCCCUGUCUGUCCAUGCUGACAAAUACCAUCUUGUUGAUGAUGAGGAUAAUAUACCAGCAGAUACUUCUUCUGAGCAUGAUAAUGACAAAAAUGAUGAAAAUAACUUAACAGAGCAUUCCCCAAAUAAACAUGGUGGCAAAAGCUGUCUUGAUUUGGAUGUUGCAGAAGACAUCCUCUUACAAGUGGAUAAUGAAAUGCCACAAUCAUUAGACCUUGGUGAAAAAAUCAAAGAAAUUGUUGCCACUAGAGUUACGGCUCAUUUCCUGGAAAAAUGUCUUAUUCCAGAGGUAAAAAAGAAGAUAGAGAAAAGGCACUUGCUGCCUGAAAACUGUACUAAAAUGGCUGUGUCAAAGAAGAAAAAAAAAGGAUUUUUAAUCUCAAAGUCUUUCAGAAUUUCAAAAACGUAAUGAGAGAAAUUUACACAACACACAGCAAACACUGUUGAGUGCAACAUCAGCCAUUAUAGAGGUGGUUGAAAAGGUUUUACAGUCUGAUGAGAGGAAAAAGCCCUUGAAUUUGAAGGAUGUUGUCAUGAACUGUCCUGAUGCAAUAAUAUUACUUGGGUCAGUCAAUACAGACUUAAAUAAUAAAAGAAAACAAAAUGUUCGCACCUCUUUGAACCUCAAUACCGGGAUCUAUGUAACCCGAGCAGACCAUGCAAUGAACUUCUGCUUGGGGAUAAUUUACAAAAGGGUAUGAGAGAAGCCCAGGAAGCCUUGAAGCUUGCCUUGUCCUCAUCCAGUACAUAUAGCUACAGCAAUAGCAGGAAAUAUCAAUCAUAUCCUUAUGUUGGAAGGUUUAGUAAAAUCCCUAGCUCAACGACAACAUCCAGGAAAGAUAACCAGAAUUUUUUAGAGAAGGGCAAGAAACCACAACAAAGCCAUCGGAAGCCCUUCAACAGAAGCAGGAAAUAACUGCAGCCCUCAACGUAAAAAUAAAAAGUUAAAUAAUAUAAAAUGUUUAUGGUUAACUUGGUGUAAUAAGAUAAUUUAAUAAUGGCGGCAAAUUUACCCUAUGAGCUUUUAAAGUUUAAAGAACACACAAAGUUGUUGAAGCAAGUGAAAAGAGAAACUGACAAGGCGUUUCAUGAAAUUCAACAUUCAGGUCAUUUUGCUCCUGAUAUGUUAAGGGCUUAUUUAUUACCAGAGGAUGAAUAUCAUGAACUUGCUCAUAUAUGUGAAAAACCACCAACAAUAAUUGUCCUUGGGACAUCAUGUUAUGCCAAAGUUUGUGCAAUUAACGAAUUGGUAGGCGAGCCAAUCUUACCACUAGUAGAGGAAGGCGACCAUUCUGUAAUGUGGAGGAUGGUACGAUUUAAACAUGGAUAUUACUCCACACUGAGCCUAGUUUUACCAGAUAGCUUUGAACUAGCAGCAGCUUUGGAUGCUUACGAAGGAACUUGGCGUUCUGUUCCUCGUGCUGAUUUAGAGUUACGUGGAAGAGACAAAUCUGAUCCAGCAUUAACUUCUGCAGUAGCGGAAGUUUGUCUAGAUCACCCUUUAUUAAAAACUGGUGCAGAAAUAAUAUGUGCUCCUUCAAAUUCAGAAAACUGUGUUGAGCAAGUAUUUAAGAGCUGUGUCGAAGAUGUGUUGCCAAUCAUCAUAUUUGCAGUAGAUACAGAAACUCUUUGUCAAAAUGAUAUCAACGAACUUGCUCAAAUCAAUUCCUUUGCAAUGAAUUGUUUACCAGUUUUCUUUAUAAAAGUUCCACCACGAUGUCAGCAUGAACUAACCGAGUCGCUUCAAGAUGCUGCCAAACAAGCCGCUUCUGCUGCUUCUGACAUACCAUCCCUGUUGUAUGAACAGCUAACAGAACUAGGUUUUAUAAACAAGGAAUCAAAGCUAACUGACGAUCUACCUGCAGCUGAAAGUCAGCUUGUUUCUUCGAGAUCUAUCAUAGAGAGUGUUCGACCUAAAAGUUCACUAAUCGAAGAUUUUUCCCUGUUUCCUUGUUUUUUAAUGUUUGUCAGACAAGUGUUGCAAUACCACAUCAUCGCCGCUGCGUGUGUGUUGAAUGAUGCUCACACUCGCUGUCUUGGUAUGUUCAUUAAUUCAGCAUUUGAUAUGGCUAGAGACAUAAGCAUUACGCCAAAGAGGAUUUCCUACGCAAGGGCCAAAGAAGAGGAACUUUUUCGUUCGCUAAUGGAUAUUGCAAACAAAAAACAAGAGGAAAUUAAAGAGGUGAUACAUGGUACUGUAGAGACACUUAGUCCUCGUUUGCAAGAAGAGGCCGCCUUUCUUAAAAUUCAAAAUGUGGAGUUUAAGGAGAACAAUGAGUUGGUUGAUCUAGAAGAAUUAGAGAGAUGCACACAUCAAGUGCAAGAACUUGUUUUGAGUAGAUUAAACCAAGCUGUCGCUGGUAAACUAAUCAGCUCAGUUGAAUAUUUAAAAGAAAGUUACGUGGGUACGUUAACAAGAUGUUUGUCAAGUUUGGAAAAAGCAGAUGCGGAAUUUGCACGUGAUUCUAGUGGUAUUGCUUCAGUGGCGUUAAAACAACGUGAAGCACUUAAACCCCAAUCACAUAUACCUUCGUUUUCUCAAUUCGUAUCAAUAAAUGUUAGUGAAGGACUGAGGAGUUGUGGCUCCGCAAGUGCUCAUCUCAAGGAGGUUCUGGACGCAGCUUAUCAAGUUGAAGUUACUGUACAAGCGAGUUUCACCUUGACUCGAUUACUUUGGGAAAAAUUAAAACAAGCAGUACAAAUGUUGCCUGGAAAAAGUUCGCCCGUCAUUGAUGGUGAUUGGAAAAGAAAAGUAGCUGCUGAAGUUAUCCGCUGUAUAAGCGAGUCUCGCUUAGCCAAAAAUAUAUGCUCACAAUUUAAGACGAGAUUAAUGCGAUCUCAUGAAGCGUUCACGCAAUCAUUGAGAGUUCUUGAGAUGAGACAUAAUGGCAGAUUAGAAAAAAAAGAGGAACAACGAGUGAGGCUGAGAAAAGUGUUUGCUCCAAGAGUUGCUCGAUGUGUCUUAGACAGUACAUCUCUUCGCGAUUUAGUUCUUUAUGGUAUGCCUCAACUUGGACGUGAAAUUGGACGGGGUCAGUAUGGCGUUGUGUAUGCGUGUGACAAAUGGGGCGGAAGAGGACCAUGCGCUAUCAAAUCAGUCGUACCUCCUGAUGAUAAGCACUGGAAUGAUCUUGCUUUGGAGUUUUACUACACCAGGGCUAUACCUGAACACGAGCGACUUGUUCAAAUUCGUGGUUCAGUUAUUGAUUACAGUUACGCUGGGGGUAGUUCUCCUGCAGUUCUUCUUGUCAUGGAUCGAAUGCAACGUGAUCUGUACGCAGGUAUUAAAUGUGGUAUGAGUUUUCGCAGUCGCUUGCAAGUAGCACUUGAUGUGGUAGAGGGGCUGCGUUAUUUACAUAGCCAAGGUUUGAUCCAUCGAGAUAUAAAGUUAAAAAAUGUCUUACUUGAUUCGAAGUUACGUGGAAAAUUGACAGAUCUUGGAUUCUGUAAACCCGGGGCAAUGAUUUCUGGUUCUAUUGUUGGUACGCCAAUCCACAUGGCGCCCGAGUUGUUUUCUGGGCGUUAUGAUCAUUCGGUUGAUGUUUAUGCGUUCGGUAUUUUAUUCUGGUAUAUUUGUGCUGGCAGCGUUCGUUUGCCUAGCUCUUACGAACAAUGUGCAAGUAAGGAUCAGUUAUGGAACUCUGUACGUAAAGGUGUUCGCCCAGAACGAUUGACACACUUUGAUGACGAAUGUUGGAAUUUAAUGGAACAAUGUUGGUCAGGCGAUUCACCCGCAAGACCUUUACUUGGAGACAUUCAUCCGCGUUUGAAAGCCAUUAAAGAACGAAUCGAGAUUCGUGAUGCACAAAAACGACAGUCUCGCCCCAGCUCACGGCCCCGCUCUAGUCAUAUUCAAGGUCAAACAUACAUAUCGUCUAAGCAUGUGAUGCAGAUACCUCUGGGAACAGCACCCACACUGAAAAAGCACACGUAGCACCUUAACGACUGAAUAAAAACGAGGCUCCCGCAUAAUGAAACUGACUCCCGCAUGAUAAUGAAAGUGACUCUGUGUGAUUUCUUUUGUGUGGACGAUGACGUACAUAAGAAAAUACAUAAAAAGCCACAAGACAUUGAGAUUACAGAACCGAAAAUAAAUUCACAUUUUUAUAUGCGUCUUUUUAUAAGAAAUGAGAUUAGCGUGCAACCGCGCUUAAUUUUUAUAAGGAAUUUUCUACCACCACGUGUAUGAGAUUUUUCUUUAUUUUGAACAAUUUCAUACGUAUUUUAUACUGCAUUUUUUCAGUCGCAGUUGAAGCAAAAUUGCCAAAUUUGAUAGGUAUUAAAGAUCGAUUUCUCUUCAUCUGCCGAAAAUAAAUAUGUUUUCUUUAGAACAAUUUAAUACUAGCGAAAAUUUAUUUUGCGAAAUUAACAAGACAAAAAAGGAAAAAGAGAAUUAAAAUGUACACAUGCAACAAGUGACUUAUUAGGCUAUAAUAACUCUUGAUUAUCUCUCAGCUUUACAGGAUUAUUCAUUUUUUCAUUUUUUCGAGAAAGGUGUUGUUUUCACGACCCAAAAAUCUUGUAAUGUAUGGAAAUAUAUUUUAUAAAUGUGAAGAACAAAAAAUAAAAUUUGUAAAUGAUCAGAAUUAAUAAAAAAUAUUUUUUA